AUGCUUUCGCCUUUCAAAACGAAGGGAACAAGCACAAUUUUUGCUGUCAAGAAAUUAGCUAAUAACACAGUAAAACCCAUCUUAGAAGAAGCAAUUCUGAAAGAGCCUGAUUCUAAGCCCAAAAAGAAUCUCUUCACAAUCAUAAGAUGGGCUGAAGAUCACCCCAUCGAUACCUCCAUUGCCCCAGACAAUUUAUUAUGGGGUCGCCUACAUAAAGGACAUAAAUCUCUUUCAAUGUCAAACACUAAAACCGUCGAUUCCUCACUCUGGUUUGAUUCUUUCGCUUCCAUUCUCACUGACCUCGAAAACUCCUCUCUCUCCUCUGACCUACCUCCUCACCUCGCGAAGAAGCUGAAGGAGAAUCACGCAUGGUUUGUGGAAACUGCUUCUCUAUUUAAGAAACCGAAUGCAAAAUCACGAGAGGCUUUGAAUUCGGCGGAAAUCAAAAUUGGAUAUCAUGAAAUUCCUGUUAAGCCUGAAUUGAAAGAUAAAGCUUUGCGCAUUAGCUCUUAUCUGUGUUUAGAUGAGGUGCAGUCAUAUAUACUUGUUGAGAGGUCUCUUGAGCGUGAUGAUUUAGCGGUUGAUUUUAUGGUUGAAGACUAUCUUCAUGUGGUAUUGCUUCAGUACUACAUUGAGCGACAAUGCUUGCUGAAGUGCACCAGGCGAAUUCUCAUGCAUGCUUGUAAGUCCCACCACGCUUAG